UCACUCUCACUCUCCUCUCCGCUGCUAUUCUGGGAAGUGGCGCUUGGAAUAACCCCCGCGUGCGUAUGAGUGCGUGCGUGCGUGUGUAUGUGUCUCCUGGUUUCACCCUGACACACGCACACAUAGACACUCACAACACAGUCAGACACACACAUUUACAGUCUGUCUGACUGCAGUAGUGGAGCUCCGGCAGCAGAAAUCCGGUCGGAAAGGAUUCCUUCCAUUUUUACGCGCAACUUUUCCUCCGUCGGCCGCCUCGUCGAGACGUUUCCACCGCUUCCCCUCGACUGUUGUGGAUUUCUAACAACCAUCUCCCGACUGUUUCUAACGGACAAUCAGCGAGGAGUCCAAGCCCGCCCGGAAUCGGAUCUCCUGUCACCGGGGUUUGCUUGUUGUCAUUCUCGCACGGAGACGGAGACGCGCAGCCGGAGCGCAGGCAGAAGGGGCAGUUUGUGGACUUGAUAAAGUGGACGAGAGGACAAACAGCUACACCAGAUGGCCCCAUGAAGACACUCCCGUUAAAACUGAACUGACCCCCUGCAGACCAACAGGUGUGAGAAAACUGAAUGACUUUUGAAGCUACAGAAAGAGGAUCUACAAGCACUUUUGCCUGAAGAAAAAUCAAAGAUUCUUCUGCCUUUAGAUGAACUGGACACAAAAACAACGCACAGCAACAUUAGUGUUUUUACAAAAUGGCUAAAGGAGAGAAACCCCUCUGAUGUUAUCCACUAAAGCUCCCCUUUUUUGCCACUUGCUGACUCCUGUUUCCAGCCUGGUUCUACAGUCAGUGUAUUUCAGCAAUGGAUGGAUGCCUCCUGUUUUUGUGAACGUGUUGGCAGCCCUUAAAGGUUCAGCUAUCAUGACUGGUAGUUUUGGGACCUUGUAACCCUACCAACUCCCCCACCAUCCCCUUUCUCCUCCCUCUUCUAAACCACAGAAGAGCUUCACUAAAAUGGAGCCUCGUGAAUCAGCUGCCGCAGGGCAGAAAUGCUCACAUAAAGAACUAGGGAAGGAGAAGGCACCUCUGCAAAGAAAAUGGGCUUCUGAGCCUUCUGCAAAUACCAAACAUAGCACUUUUGCUGACCUGGAGGCUAAACACCGUGACAGUUUGCCGUGUGGUGCUACUGGGGGAUCAGCACCCCAACAGAAGUACGCAAUCACAGGGAAUUCUGGAAAGCUGCUAUCUGGACCCUCUGCAGUUGGGGCCAUAGGAGGCUCACCAUCUCAAGACCCCCAAGGGCCCUUUGCUCAAGGCUUCCCAAGGGGAUACUCCUUUCAGCUGGGCCAGCCAUACCCUCAGCAUCCCCAAACUGAGCGCUUCCUCUCAGGAGCCAAACCACAGCCAGGCCUGGAGCCUCAUGCCUGGCCAUUUGCUGGCCAGUUGCCUUCAGAUGACCUGUACCCUGUAGGACACCCGGGUCACACUCACCCACAUGGCGCUGGAGUAGGGAGAUUUCCCCGUCAGAAAUCUCCCAGUUUACCCAGCUCUUUUGGACAGUAUUCUCAGUCAGGGCCUGAGCCAGGAGAGGAAGGCUAUGGCAAAAAAGAGCAAAAGCCCAAAAAGCCUGGGAAGUACAUUUGUCACUACUGUGGUCGAGCUUGCGCCAAGCCCAGCGUCCUGAAGAAGCACAUCCGUUCACAUACUGGAGAGAGGCCAUAUCCUUGUGUACCAUGUGGCUUUUCCUUCAAAACCAAGAGCAACCUUUACAAGCAUCGCAAGUCCCAUGCUCAUGCCAUCAAAGCUGGACUCGUACCAUUUUCAGAGCUAGCUGUGGCCCGUAGUGGGGACAUGGACCAAGCAUCCCCAGUGGGCGAGGCCGAAGUGCAUUCAGAUGGGGAGCAGAGUACGGACACAGAUGAGGAAGGCGUAGAGGGCUCCACCAUGCUGACGGACAAAGACAGCCCCAUCCCUCAGAUCUCCUUUGAAGCUGACAAGAAUACAGGUGGUGCAGAACCAGCAUAUGCAGACUCUGCUGAAGAGCUGUCCAUGGGAUCUAUGAAAGUGCCUAUCCUUAUCAUUCCCAAGUCUGGGGGAGUCCCCUCCACAGGGAUGGAGUGUCCACCCUUUCAUGACAUAAAGGGGUCACACCACAUGUUGGCAUCACAGGCUGGUGGGAGAGCGCAUUCACUGGACGACUCUCCCACUAUCAAGCAACGUUUGGCCCUGAGGCUGAAUGACAAAAAAGGGCAGGACUGUGACCUCACUAUGUCCCAGUCCCUUAACCUCCUCAGUCCUCACAGCAAAGGCAGCACUGACUCUGGCUACUUUUCACGCUCUGAGAGUGCAGAGCAGCAGAUCAGCCCUCCAAAUACUAACGUCAAGACAUACGAAGAGAUUAUGUUUGGUCGGACUUGGUACUAUCGCACCAAAUCCAGAUCAAGACAGUCUAUCACAGUGGGCAUGGCAGGAGCAGACCCCAGUAGCCUUGCUAGCUUAAAGCAACCAGGUGCUAUUGUGGACAUGGGGAGGAGACCAGAUGAUCAUAUCUCUUUCAGGGGAGAUGUGGGAAUCUCUGGAGAUCCCAAGCAGUAUCCAACUGGACCCUGCCAAAGCAGUACAGGACUGCUGGAGCCUCCAUCAGAUUCUGGGCCACUUAUUAGGAGUAACUCCAUGCCAACUUCUUCCCCGCCUAACCUCAGUGUUCCCCAAGGGAUUCGAGGCAGCCAAUCCUUCGAUAACAUGGUGGCAUCAGAUGAUGUGUUCUACCCGCCAGGCCAUCCCAGACUGACAAGACAGAGUGCAUUUGAACAUUCAGCCAAUGAAGCUCAUGUAGGAGACUCUGAGGGCUAUGGACACAUGCCUAAGAAUUUAGCAUCAUCUCUGGGUAUUAAGAUUGGUGAGCGCAACCCAGGAGUCCUAGAGCAUGUUGCCUACAGUCCAUAUGGUACUAAAGUUAGCAUGUCAGAAAUAGCCCCGAGAAAAAGGAGGAAAGAGGAGAGUGUAGGGGAUGAUGAAGACAGCCCUGGGCACUGCGAUAGUAGCUGUAGUGGUUCAGUAGAAAUGAUAGGGGAAUAUGAAUUUAAACAAGCUAGUCUUGAUGGGUCAAGAGCCACCCCAACAGGGAAAGGCUCUCUUCAUAGCGCUCACAGCCAGUCUGACAGCUUUGAUACCUGUGCUAGCAUGUGUUCUGAGGACAUUGCACUUUUUACUGACUCUGAGGGCAGGAAGGCAGCUGGGAAUGUCAUAUCAGUCAUCCAGCACACCAACUCCCUCAGUCGUCCUAACUCCUUUGACAAGUCAGAGUCUUUUGAGCAGCCCGGAUACCAGCCAUCAGAUAAAGUUCUAUCUAAUCAGUACUCUGAACAGUCCGACACAGAGCUCUUUGAAGAUGCUCUGAGUCCUGAAUCAGCCCUUCUUAGGGCAGAGAGCAUGGAGCAGCCACUGCAAAGUGAUAGCGACCUGGCCUCCCUUUCACCUUUGUCCGCUGCCGCUUCACCUGGCCAGCCUUAUCACAUCCCACACAAACUAGUCCGACAACCUAACAUUCAAGUUCCUGAGAUUAGGGUGACUCCAGAGGAGCCAGACAAACCUGAGAAAGAUCCAGAAGCGCCAAUGUCCAAGGAGCCAGAGAAGCAGCAGCAGCAUGUUGAGGAGUUCCAGCUGCCACAGAGGAGUGACACGCUUUCCCAGAUGCCAUCAGAAAAGCUCCCACCCAAGAAGAAGAGGCUGCGCUUAGCAGAUAUGGAGCACUCAUCUGGGGAGUCAAGCUUUGAGUCGACCUGCACCAGUCUUUCUCGCAGCCCCAGUCAGGAGAGUAACCUGUCCCACUCCUCUUCCCUUUCCAUGUCCUUUGACAGAGAUGAAGGCCUCAAGUCUGUGUCACCCACCAAACAGGACGACUCAUUGGCUUCUGGUGGUGGAGCAAAGCAGUCAGAGUUCCUGACUGUGCCUGGCAGUGGUUAUUCCAGCCACCACCAGCAGAGAGAGAUGAGGAGAUCUUCAUCAGAGCAGGCGCCAUGCACGCUGCCCACGGAGUUGCCUGAAAUGCGCAGCAAAUCGUUUGACUAUGGAAGCUUGUCCCCUUCCAGACAGGGAGAGGUGUAUUCCAGUGCCUCUGCAAUGAAGGAACGCCGGCGCGGAUACCUUGUUCGACAGGCUUCACUGAGUGUUUAUCCAGAGGCAGUCUCCCAGGAGCCAGGGGGCUCUGAAAUGUCAAUCAAACAAGAGAGUUUGGAACAUGGGGCAUGGCCUGGUUCAGCAGGAUCCCCCCACAGCAGCAGUGAUGUGGCCAGCAGACCCAAGAGAGCUGGCACUAGCACUGGUGGUGUAGGACCGCACCAACAUCAACAACAUCACCAGCAUAUUCUCCAACAGAGCAUCAGUGAGGACAGCCUGCAAGAUGAACCUCUUUAUAGCAGGUCCCAGCAACACCGUCUGCAAGCCCAGGGCUCAUCAUCUGACGGAGAACAUCCUGGUCACGACAUCAUAAGCAAGGAUUUAAUCCAGCAGUUCCAGAGUGGUCCCCCUUAUCGUGCAUGGUCCCCCUCACAGCCCGGUUUAUACUGGAGUCAGGAGGCUGAACAGACACCUAGGCAGCAGCAGACCCUCCAGGCCCAACAGCAACUCCAAAAACUCCACAUCAGGUCACCAGGCAACCUGCCUGGCCACCUACCUCACAAACAACAACCACUCCACCACCUGCAGCAAAUCCAUGAUCAACAGACAUAUGAUGGAAAGUCAGAAAAUCCAAACUCUCACAUUUACGCUGCUUCCUUCUCAUCUCGCACUUCUCCUUUGUCCCAGCAACAGCAGCAAAACUUAGGGCCACUCUCCUCUAAGGUCCCCUUACCCAAUUCCACCACCCCCUCCAUGCUUCUGCAGCAGAUCCAACCUGUCUUUGCCACCCAGAACCUGGGAUCCCAGGCGUCUUUGCCUGGUUUACUGGUUCCUGUGCGAAUCCAAACCCAUGUGCCAUCAUUUGGUAGUGUUAUGUACACCAGUGUUAGCCAGCUAAUAGCCUCCCAUGGAAGCAGAGCACAAGGAUUAGGCUCAGGAAGGCAAGGCAGUGUUGACAGCAGCAAUAUGUCUCCUCCAGUUGGGGUUUUAAGUGUUGGCAAGUCACCUGCAGGAAUUGGAGGAGGCAUGAGUGGAGCAGGUUUCAACUUAUCACACUUCCUGGGACAGACUGAUGGUGCAUUGUUGCGCUACCCUCCCUGGAAGGGUCCAGAUUCACUGCCAGAGCAACGUCUGAACACAGGGAUCCCACUGUCAUUAACAUCAGGCACUAUAUCCACAACAGACGCCUCAGGAUCUGGCGUUGGAGGCAGCAAGCGCAUGCUUUCCCCUGCCAGCUCACUUGAACUCUUCAUCGAGACUAAGCAGCAGAAAAGAGUGAAGGAGGAGAGGAUGUAUGGACAGAUUGUCAAAGAGAUGAGUGCUGUGGAGCUGAGUGGAACUGAAAGCAGCAACAAGCCUGAGAAAGGACGAAUUCAGAGAGUCCGUCUAAAGAGUGAAGGUUCGAUGGAUGAUUCUGAAAGGAUGUCCUCUUCUCCUCCACUAAGUGACUUCCCGAUUGCCACCAAGAUUGCCAUUCCGGUCCGUUCCUCUGCCCCCCACCUCUCAGAUGUCCCCCGCGCUGAGAGCUUCACCCCUCCUCUCCAGAUUGUCACAGACCGUUCUCCUGUUUCCGGUGGCAGGGAUUCCCCAGAGGAGCUUGAUGUGGACGAUUCAGCUCCAGAGCCCAACUCUAGCCCAGAGUCAAUGAUCUCAUCCAAUGAUGCAGAAGAUACUGAUAACACAAAGCAGCCUGCACCUAACAAAAUCCCUGUCAGCAUGCUGGUUCAGCUUGCUGCCAACCAAAGCGGAGGAUUAGCCGGAGCUGUGGGUCAGACUCUGCUACUCACAGAUGUGGCCGAUGUCCAGCAGUUUUUACAGUUCCCUAGCCUGCGCACCAUGAGCAGAGUCAGCUGGUGUUUCCUAAACUACACCAAACCAAACAGCACCCAGGCUGCUUUACGUAGCUCUGUCUACAAUUCGUGGUGUGUCAGCUCAUACAAUCCCAAUCCUCUGAACCUCAGUACCAAGGCUGCACUGGCUCUGCUGAGGUCCAAACAGAGGAUAAACACUGAUUCGAUGUACACGACAGCAGCCAUGUCACCACCCAGUUCUGGAAAACUUGUGUCUUCUGUGGCCUGGAAGCUGAGGUUUGAUCAGUUGAAACCAGAGCUGAUGCCAGUUGAUGUCAGUAAUUUCGGGAGGAAGAUGAAGGGAGUGGUGUCAUGGGACCGCUCGAAGGAGGAGCAGGUAGAGAAGGAGGUCUCAGCCAAACAGCCCGCCACAGAACCAACCCGCGUCAAGAUCUUCGAAGGCGGGUAUAAAUCCAAUGAGGACUAUGUUUACGUUCGUGGUCGCGGUCGAGGGAAAUACAUCUGCGAGGAGUGCGGCAUCCGCUGCAAGAAACCCAGCAUGCUGAAGAAACACAUCCGAACACACACCGACGUCCGACCAUACGUCUGCAAGUUCUGCAACUUUGCAUUCAAAACAAAAGGAAACCUGACGAAGCACAUGAAGUCUAAGGCUCAUAUGAAAAAGUGUCUGGAUCUGGGAGUCUCCAUGUCUUCGGUUGAGGACACAGAGGCAGAUGAAGGAGAUGUCGGAGAGGAAGGUCAGAGAUCCUCUGAGAAGACUUCCAGAGGUGCCAUGGCGGAGCACCAGUUCUCAGACGCUGAUGAUUCUGAGGGUGGUGAGGAAGAUGGCGAUGAGGUGGAUGAUGAAGACGAUGAAGAGGAUGACUACGACGGAGACUCCACCCCCAAGACUCGUUCGCGCUCCACCAGCCCUCAGCCCUACGGCCUGCCCUCCAUGUCCAUCACAGCCGUGGCCUCUUCCCACCCUGCGCCUCACCUUUCCCAUCACUCUGACCUCCUGGGAAACAGCAACAAGCCGCCUCUGUUUGGCUACUUCACCACUGUGCCCAGCAUCCAGAUCACACCACAGGCUCCGCCCAGCGACCCAGCCGCCAGGGAUCGCACUCAGACCGACUAUCAGCGAGGACAGCAGCGACCGCUGGCUAACAGGUUGCUGGUUCCACCCUCCUCCUCCUCCUCCAUGGAUGAAGACCUCCCAGUCCCCUCCCCAGACCUCUCCUCCCCCUCCUCCCGCCUGUCCUCACCCGGGUUGGACCACUCCGGGUGUCCAUCUCCCAUCUCCCCGUCCUCCUCGCCCUCAUCCCGCCGUUAUCUCUCCCCACGUCGGGACCUCUCGCCUCGUGCUGGACACCUCUCACCCCGGCGGGACAUCUCUCCGCUACGUCACAUCUCCCCUAAAAGGGACCUCGGAGCAGCAGGGGGAUACCGGCGAGACCUUUCGCCUAGAAGGGGACACCUCUUUCUGCUCUCUCCUCUCUCUCGGCCCACGUCUCCGGCAGGGAGAGACUUCAAGCGUGACCUUUCCCCAAGAGGCCGCCACAGGGGGAUGAUCCGGCCGGUGUCUCCUCGCAGAGGACUCCACCAACACCUCCACCACCAAAGCCAGCAGAGCGGAGCGCGAGGCCUGAGGCCGAGUCAUCAGACUGGAGUGUUGGGUCAGGGAGAGUUCGGCCCGCUGGGACGUCGCAGAGCCAGUGCAGAAAUGGAGACGGACCACUGUCCAGAUUCACUGUCGCCAGGGGAACGGGACAAGGGUGGUAGCCGUGGCAACCAAUCCAGCCCUCCCCACCAAGUCUUGUUCAGUCACCUUCCACUCCAUUCACAACUCCAGGUGCGUUCACCUUUCCCGAUGAUCCCCAUCGGAGGGAUCCAGAUGGUACACUCCGUCCCCACGUCCGUCACCACCCCUCUGGCCCAGCAGGGGGCGCAGCAGGUGGCCUCCCGCCUGUCGCUGCAGAAGAGCACGUCGGAGGACUCCACCACCGGCGAGGCCACCUCCCCACAUUUCACCUCCUUCCCCGAGAGGGGAGGACGAAGAGGAGUAGUAACAGAGAGGGUGAGGGAAUCUACGUCACCUCAGCGGUCCUCACAGGAGAAGGAGGGAGGGGGAGUGAGGCGGGAGCAGGAGCAGGAGGAGAGCAUCCACACCUGCACCAAGGCCAUCGCCUCCCUCUGCAUCGACUCCGAGGAGAACGCCGAGAGAGGAGGAGGAGGAGGCAGAGCUCCUUAUUCCUCCUCCUCAGCACCCGACUCUCAUCAGCAGUCGCCACCGUCUCCCCACCCGUCACCGUCUCCUCCUCAAGGUUCCGGGAUUCAGCACUUUAGCGGCCUGGAGCUCAGGCCUCCCCACCCAUCCAUCCCUGCCUCCCCUCACUCCUCCUCCUCCUCUCCUCACCCUCCCAGCCCUGGAUGUGACACUCUACAGCCUCCAGUCUCGUCCAAACCUCUCAAGCCGGAGAGAGACAGGGAGGCAGAAAGCACAAAAAGAAGCAAGGACGUGUCAUAGUGCUGCAGAAGGAGAACAAGAGGAGGAGAAACCAUGGAUGUCUUUUUUUGUUGUUGUUUUUGGAUAAUAGGAAGGGAUGAAGUGCAACAGAGAGAGAAAAAAAGACAUUUGCACACUUUACACACACAUUUCUUCUAAUUCAGUCGACGCACACACACAGACACAAUCUCUCUCUUACACAUGAACACAAUGCAUACAAAGACAAACAGCUCUAGUCAAAAAAACUAACUGAAAUGGACCUCUGCAGUUUUAAUGUAUGUGUACAGCAUGCCUGUUUUAACCAGGGCCUCCUAUCAAAGACUUUCUUAUUUAAAGAGGAUUUGCAUACACAUGUACGGGCCAAGACGAGCCCGACCAAAAUAAAAAAGGACUCCAGUUUUAAACGGUACGUCAAAAAAGAAAAAAAAAAUUGGACAGCUACGUGUGUGCCUUUUCUUUCAUCUUUUUUUUUUGCUUAUAUUCUUAUAAGCAAACAAAAGCAGGAAGGUAAAUGUAAAUACAGUACAAUACUAUCAUGUUUUGCGUAUCAGCUUUGUAAUAAAUGCGAUCUCCCUCUUCCUCCCCCUUUCUUCUUCCCCCCAACUCCUGCAUUUCUUUUUUUUUGUUGUUGUUGUUCUUUUCAGACACCUUAAAAGUCUCGACAAGCGAUGUGAAGUUAUGGAUAUUACUAUUACGUACGGUUGCACUAAAACAUAUUUUUAUAUGAGUGAAAUUUAAAAAAUGGCUUUUUUGUGUACAGCAGCAAUUCUAUAAUACUAUUUAUUAUUGUUACCAUGUUUCAUAAAUUGUACAUUUUUUCUUAAAUGUCGUGGAUGCCUUUUUCUAUGUAAAGCAUGGGUUUUUUGCUAUCGCUUACAUUAGGGCGAGGAUAUGUACACUGUAAUAUGGCUUUAUAUGUUAGACCUAUUUAUAUACGUCUAAGUGAGCCCUUCUACUUGGAGGUAUAUACACAUAGAAGAUUUACCAGAAUAUUUACCCAGCAUAUGAAUACAUACAGUAUAUAGAAUCUAUCUAUCUAUCUAUCUAUCUAUCUAUCUAUCUAUCUAUCUAUCUAUCUGCACUUAACAUUUAGAAUGACAUUCACAUUAAGGUUAUGGUAGUUUGCUUGUACAUUUUCUCUGCUGCUCUUUGCCUGUCCCUGGUUGUGACUUUUCCUGUUUUUUACUUACUUUCGUGGUAUUAUUUCUUGUUUAUUUUUUUGUUUCCAUUUUUACAAGGCACAGACUUGCUCUCAGCAUUAAGUGAAUGAACAUGCCUUCUGGCUCCGUGGCAUUCUGCUUCAAUGUUGGUUUUUAACUCCGCCCCCUUCACACGAACCCCAUACUCCGCCCCGACAUCCAUCUGCAUUCAAGAUUCAUCUUGAGGAAUGGUAGCUCCACAUUACUGAAUAAACAAAGAUGUUUUGUUUUUUUUAUCUUCCAUCAGAUAGCUAAAUGGGGAAAACAUUCCAGUCCGUGUAAAUAUCCAGUCCUCUCCCCCUGAACACGUUAUUUUUUUUGGCAGUGAGGCAUAUUGUUGCCAUGGCAAUCAACCCACAACGUAUUUAAUGGCUUUAUUUCUGGGGACACGUAUACAAAAACAUACACCAAACUUCCUGACAAAUGCACCUUAUAUUUCUUCUAUGGAAGUCCCAGCACUCUGAAUUUUUUUUUUUUUUGCAGCAAAUUUUGAUUGAGAUUUAAGGGUUUAGGAGGGGAGCUGCUCUGCACUCUGAACCCUAAAACUGUCUGAAAAUGACCGAAAAAUAUUAAUAAUAAUAAUACAUUUGACAGUUGUGACAUUGAGGCUUUCUGCACUGCUUUUUUGGCCCUUCUGUAUUCCUUCCACCUUUUCUGAACAUCCCUUUUGUAGCUAAGCAAUAUUUAGCCAAAACUCUGCGCACCAGCAGGGAGUGUAUUUGUUGCAAGGCAACAAUAGCGUACCUUAAAAUCCUAAAAUCAGGAGAAGAAGGGAGCAGCUGUGGUGAUUUUGGUGACACAACUCUUUUCUCUUUUUGACAGUUUCGGGCUGAGUCGGGCAGGCUGCAAUGUGAGUGUGUAUCUCUGUAUUCUGUAUCGGUGUGUAUUCGACCAGUAUAUCCUCUUCUUACGACUUUUUUCUAUUUCAAUCCUCCCUCUGUUAUGUACACUUAUCAUGACGACAAUGAUGUCUUUAAAAAAAAAACCUCUUUCUCUCUUUCUGAAGCUAUCAAAGCACAAGUCAUUGUAUAGAAAUGACAACAAUACAAAAAAAGGACAAAAAAAAAGGUAAACGUGCAUAUAAAAGGGUAACUUUUGUGAUGGUGUUCUGUGGAAUUAAUACGAAUAUCAUGUAUGACCCCAGUUGCAACAAGGAAUCGCAGUAGAAGUGGAAGAAAUGGAUUGUCGUUUUCAAAUAAAUAUGAAUAGAAUAA